AUGUCUAGGAUGGCUCGCUUUGGAGACGAUCUGCCCACCCGCUAUGGAGGUCCAGCGGGCGCCGGGAGAGGGGGAGCCCGGGCGGGAGGUCCUCCUGCCGGGCAAAGAAUGUACAAACAGUCGAUGGCUCAGAGAGCCAGGACAAUGGCUUUAUACAAUCCUAAGCAAACCAAACAGAAUUGUUUUACUGUCAACCGGUCCUUGUUCAUCUUCAGCGAGGACAAUGUCAUAAGGAAAUACGCCAAGAGAAUAACGGAAUGGCCUCCAUUUGAGUACCUGAUCCUCGCCACAAUCAUUGCCAACUGCAUCGUACUGGCCCUCGAGCAGCAUCUGCCAGCCAUGGACAAGACCCCAAUGUCUGAACGUCUGGACGACACAGAGCCCUACUUUAUCGGAAUAUUCUGUUUCGAGGCCGGCAUUAAGAUCAUUGCCCUGGGCUUCGUGUUUCACAAAGACUCCUACCUACGCAAUGGCUGGAACGUAAUGGACUUUGUGGUCGUUCUGACAGGGAUUUUAACCACAGUGGGUUCAGAGUUUGACUUAAGGACAUUGCGAGCUGUUCGAGUGCUGAGACCCCUCAAACUGGUGUCAGGAAUUCCAAGUCUUCAGGUAGUAUUAAAGUCCAUAAUGAAGGCUAUGGUUCCUCUUCUUCAGAUUGGAUUGUUGCUCUUCUUUGCCAUUGUCAUGUUUGCCAUCAUUGGCGUAGAGUUCUACAUGGGAAAGUUCCACUUCACCUGCUUUAAGCUGGAAACAGGAGAACAGGUUGAUGAUUACCCGUGCGGUUCAGAGUCACCCUCGAGACUGUGUCCCAAUGGAACAGAGUGUAAAGACAACUGGAAAGGACCCAAUUUUGGCAUCACAAACUUCGAUAACAUCCUCUUCGCCAUACUCACAGUCUUCCAGUGCAUCACCAUGGAAGGAUGGACUGAUGUACUAUACCAUGCCAAUGAUGCCUCUGGGAACACCUGGAACUGGCUGUACUUCAUCCCACUCAUCAUCAUCGGCUCCUUCUUCAUGCUCAACCUUGUCUUGGGUGUCUUAUCAGGGGAGUUUGCCAAAGAGAGAGAGCGUGUGGAGAAGAGGCAGGAGUUUCUGAAACUCCGCAGACAGCAGCAGAUUGAGAGAGAGCUCACUGGCUACCUGGAGUGGAUCUGCAAGGCGGAGGAGGUGUUGCUGGCAGAAGAGGACCAGAAUGCGGAGGAGAAAUCCCCUCUGGAUGGUGCGUGGUACAAGAGGAAACAGAACAACCCAGUCCUGAAAAGAGCAAAGACCAGAAAGGGUAGAAACGACCUUAUCAGUGCUGAGGAGGGAGAGGAACAUUUCACAGACAUCUCCUCUGUUGCACCCCCUGGAUCACCCUUUGCCAGAGCUAGCCUGAAGAGCAGUAAGAACGAUAGCUCGUCGUACUUCCGCCGUAAGGAAAAAAGGGUACGCUUUUUCAUUCGACGGAUGGUGAAGGCACAAAGUUUCUACUGGAUUGUUCUGUGUUUGGUGGGACUGAACACGCUGUGUGUGGCCAUCGUCCACUAUGACCAGCCAGAAUGGCUCACCAAAGCCCUGUACCUAGCAGAGUUUGUGUUCCUGGGUAUGUUUCUGACAGAGAUGACUCUGAAGAUGUAUGGCCUCGGGCCCAGGAACUACUUUCACUCCUCAUUCAACUGUUUUGACUUUGGGGUAAUUGUGGGGAGUAUAUUUGAGGUGGUGUGGGCAGCAAUCCAGCCUGGUGCAUCUUUUGGGAUCAGUGUUCUGAGAGCCCUUCGUCUGCUCCGAAUCUUUAAAGUAACCAAAUAUUGGAACUCUCUCAGGAAUCUUGUGGUUUCUCUGUUGAACUCAAUGAAGUCCAUUAUCAGCUUGCUUUUCCUCCUCUUCCUCUUCAUCGUGGUGUUCGCCCUGUUGGGCAUGCAGCUCUUCGGGGGCCAGUUUAAUUUUGAAGAUGAAACACCCACGACAAACUUUGACAGCUUCCCUGCAGCCAUAAUGACAGUCUUCCAGAUUUUGACAGGAGAGGAUUGGAAUGCAGUGAUGUAUCAUGGAAUCGAGUCUCAGGGUGGCGUUCGAAGUGGAAUGUUCUCCUCUGUCUACUUCAUUGUUCUUACACUUUUUGGAAACUACACGCUUCUCAAUGUAUUCUUGGCCAUUGCUGUGGAUAACCUUGCCAAUGCACAGGAGCUGACAAAGGAUGAAGAACAGCAGGAAGAGGCUGCGAAGAAGAGCAUGGCUCUUCAGAAGGCAAUGGAGGUGAAGGAGGUCAGCCCCAUGUCUGCAGCCAACAUCUCUAUAGCAGCUUUUGUAUUGCAAAAUCGAGAUGAAAUCUCUCGCAGGUCUUCAGUCUGCAGCGUUCACUCACCUAAAGAGCAGCAGAGGUCCCUGCAGAAGAUGUCCAUAUGGGAGCAGCGCACCACGCAACUGCGCAGACACAACCUGCGCAGCAGCAGUGAGGCCCUUUACAAUGAACUAGAGCCUGAAGAGCGUCUGCGCAUGUCUUCUGCACUGCACCUUCGACCUGACAUGAAAACCCACCAUGACCGCCCACUGGUAGUGGAGCAACGAGAUGGCACUACAGACAAUCCCAGACCCCUAGAAUGGAGGAGAAGUGAUGGAGAUGGGGAGACCCCAGAUAUUCAACUGUCCUCCUCCCACCAACAGAAACAUCAUCGAUGUCGAGGUGAAAAUGGAGAUGCAGGGGAGGGGUGGCACCACAGACACCACAGCCGAAAUAGAGAGAACCAGGGGGGUCUGGAGCGGUCUGUCAGCCAGGACGGAGGACAUAGGCACCACCAGCACAUGACUGGAUCUCCGGAGGAGGGUGUGGGAUUGGAGGAGGGAGAACACAGACACCAUCAUAGUCGAAGACCUAAAGAGGCCAGUGGGAAUGGCAAUGGUGCGAUUGGAAACGGAGGCAGGGGGGAAAGCAGGGUACGAGGACACAGAGAAGGGGAGGAAGGGAACGGAGAGAGGCGGAGACAUCGACCACGUGUUAAAGCCCAGUCCACGCUGGAUGGAGAGGAUUGCAGGGAGAAUGGGGGGAGAGAGAGGGGCAGACCAAAAGAAAGGGGGGACAGUGUAGCCACCAGCCCUCUCUAUUCUCCUACCAAAGAGAAGCCAGAAGACACAGAUAAUCUAAAGAACAGCACCAGAGCCGGCCCAACUGGAGUCAACAUCCCUGUGACCAUAACUGCCCCACCAAGAGAUACCACACUCAUUCCCAUGAACAACAUUGAUGGUGACAGCCAACUACUGAAUGAGGAAAAGAAAGAUCUGGAUGAUCUGAAUCCAGAUGCACCAAAACACAUCCUGCCAUACAGCUCCAUGUUUGUGUUUGGUACAGCUAACCCAGUGCGGCGACUAUGCCAUUAUGUGGUCAACCUACGUUACUUUGAGAUGUGUAUUCUCACGGUCAUCACCAUGAGCAGCAUUGCGCUUGCUGCUGAAGACCCUGUGCAGGCCAAUGCCCCCCGCAACAACGUCCUGAAAUACUUAGACUACGUCUUCACUGGUGUGUUCACAUUUGAGAUGGUUAUAAAGAUGAUCGAUCUCGGGCUGCUCUUGCAUCCUGGGUCAUAUUUCCGGGACCUAUGGAACAUACUGGACUUCAUCGUUGUCAGCGGUGCUCUGGUGGCCUUUGCCUGCUCGAGCUUCAUGGGAUCGCAGCAAAGCGUUACCAGAGGGACUAAAGGCAAGGACAUCAAUACCAUCAAGUCCCUCAGGGUCCUUCGAGUCCUGAGACCCUUGAAGACCAUCAAACGUUUACCCAAACUCAAGGCUGUGUUUGACUGCGUGGUGAACUCGCUGAAGAAUGUGCUCAACAUCCUUAUAGUUUACAUCCUCUUCAUGUUCAUCUUCGCGGUCAUUGCUGUGCAGCUUUUCAAGGGGAAGUUUUUUCACUGCUCUGAUGAGUCCAAAGCCCUGGAGAAAGACUGCAGGGGUCAGUUCCUGGAGUAUGGCAAUGAUGGAGUUGCCAUUACAAAGGCACGGGAUUGGAAGAAGUAUGAUUUUAAUUAUGACAACGUCCUUUGGGCCUUCCUGACACUUUUCACAGUCUCCACAGGAGAGGGCUGGCCAACAGUGUUGAAACACUCAGUGGAUGCCACAUAUGAGGACCAGGGUCCCAGCCCGGGUUACAGAAUGGAAACCUCCAUCUUCUACGUGGUCUACUUCAUCGUCUUCCCCUUUUUCUUCGUCAACAUAUUUGUGGCCUUGAUUAUCAUCACUUUCCAAGAGCAAGGAGAUAAAGCAAUGUCAGACUGCAGCUUAGAAAAGAACGAGCGAGCUUGUAUCGACUUUGCCAUCAACGCCAAGCCUUUGACCCGCUACAUGCCCGAGGACAAGCAGUCUUACCAGUAUAAGAUGUGGAAGUUUGUGGUGUCCACUCCAUUUGAGUACUCCAUUCUGACCAUGAUCGCCGUCAACACGGUGGUCCUCAUGAUGAAGUUCCACGACGCUCCUAAACCAUAUGAGGAUAUGUUGAAGUGGCUGAACAUCAUCUUUACGGCUCUCUUCACUCUGGAGUGCAUUCUCAAGAUCAUUGCCUUCGGUCCUUUGAAUUACCUGAAGGAGGCAUGGAACAUUUUUGACUUUGUUACUGUGCUGGGGAGCAUCACAGACAUUCUGGUCACAGAGAUCAAGACGGACAAGAGGAUUAAUCUGAGUUUCUUGAGACUUUUUCGGGCCGCUCGUCUCAUUAAACUCCUCCGGCAGGGCUAUACCAUCCGUAUCCUGCUCUGGACCUUCGUUCAGUCCUUUAAGGCUCUGCCGUAUGUGUGUCUCCUCAUCGCCAUGCUCUUCUUCAUCUAUGCCAUCAUUGGGAUGCAGGUGUUUGGUAACAUUGAGUUGACUGAAGACUCGGCCAUCAACCAUCACAAUAAUUUCCGCACCUUUUUUCAGGCCCUCAUGCUGUUGUUCAGGAGUGCUACAGGGGAAGCCUGGCAUGAGAUUAUGCUGGCAUGUUUGAGCAACAGGCCAUGUGACCAGCUCUCUGGCUCCAGUGGGAAUGAGUGUGGCAGUGAUUUUGCUUACUUCUACUUUGUCUCUUUCAUCUUUCUCUGUUCCUUUCUGAUGCUGAACCUGUUCGUCGCUGUCAUCAUGGAUAACUUUGAGUACCUGACACGUGACGCUUCUAUUCUUGGACCUCAUCACCUUGAUGAGUUCAUUCGCAUCUGGGCGGAGUACGACCCUGCUGCCUGUGGUCGCAUGUCCUACCUCGAUAUGUAUGAGAUGCUUCGACACAUGUCCCCUCCGCUAGGUUUGGGAAAGAAAUGUCCACUACGAAUCGCCUACAAGCGGUUGGUGAGGAUGAACAUGCCCAUAGCCGAAGACAACACUGUUCACUUUACCUCCACUCUAAUGGCUCUCAUUCGGACCGCCCUGGAGAUUAAGCUGGCAUCCGGGGUUCUGGCUCAGCGGCUUUGUGAUGCUGAAUUAAGAAAGGAAAUAAACAAAAUUUGGCCGAACUUAUCUUCAAAAACCGUGGAUCUGCUGGUGACACCUCAUAAACAUAAUGAGUUGACAGUGGGGAAGGUCUAUGCUGCUCUGAUGAUCUUUGACUACUAUAAGCAGAACCGAGCCAAGAGGCUUCAACAGCAGCAGACUGCUGCAGGCACACAGAGUAAAGUAGGAGUUCUCUUCAGACAAAUGCUUCCUCUCACACACUUACAUGAACAAGAGCCACUAGUUCCAAAAUCCCCGCCCUCCUGUCAGUUAGAUACGACACCACAGCCAGAGCCCCCACAAACAUCCUUUCACCUAACCAAUGGAAAUGCAGUACAAAGCCAGAACGGUGCCAUGAAAAAGUCUUCUUCGGGAGACACACCUCAGGAAGUCGCACAAGAAAUGAACAGAAAGACUGUCCAACGUGUCCAUUCAGAUCACGUGCCAUACACAUACAAAUCUCAGGAAUUAGUAGAGAUGUCUGACAUAGAGAAUGACUCUGAUAUUGGUGGGUACCCUGUGCUGGAGGGUCACGGCAGAGCUGCCUCUAUGCCCAGACUCAAUGCUGGCUUUCAGCGGAGCCACUUACGCCACACCGCUGGAACGUACCUAGCACCUAUCGCUGACGUGAGCCCCAUACGGCGUUCUACGUCCUCGUUAACUCCUCAAAGAGGGAUGCAGGAGGUCAGUUUGAGCGAUUAUGACUUGGAGAGGCCCAAGCUGUCCGUGGGCCAGACACCCACCCAGGAGAGAGACAGGGAGAGAGCCCAUCAUCAUCAUCACCAUCAUCAUCACCGCUGUCAGAGACGUAGAGACAAGAAGCACAAAUCACUAGAUCGAGCCAUCAGUGAGGAGCAGCCACCAACGGCAGAUCCAAAUACGGAGUCAUUGCCAAGGGAGCGAGCAUGGGAAAGAGAUCGUGGGCGCUCUCACGAGAGGAAGAACAAUUCGUCUUCAGCAGUGGAAAAGAAACAAAGAUACUAUUCUUGCGAUCGUUACGGCAACAAUGAACCAGGCCACAGCAUGUCAGCUGGACCCAGCAGAUCCACAUCGCCUGGAGGACCACACGACCCAAACAGACUUAAACAGGGAAGUGGCACAGCUAAAGGAAGUUCAAUUGUUCAUACCUCAGGCACCAGCACACCCUGCCGUAGCCGCAGACAGCUCCCCCAGACGCCCCUCACCCCCCGGCCUGCUGUUGCCUACAAGACUGCCAACUCCUCCCCGGUCCAGCUCAACACUGCCCUGUCUACCGGGCCCUGCCCCACUCGCCUUAGUCGUGGCCUAUCAGAGCACGAUGCCCUACUCAGCGGCAAUGCCCACCACCAAUCCCCCGUGCCUGUCACUCGAAUCUGUUCUGAUCCCAACUUAGGUCCCCUCCAGCAGGACUCGCACUUCUCAGAAGCAGACGACUUCCAGGAUGCCUUGAGCACGUACGGUGCAGGCCGCUCACCCAGGACUGCAGCCUCCGUUGUCCACACAUCAUCAGGUGUGGCCCCCACUUCCAUGCUGCUCUCGCGCAGCCAGAGUGGGGUGCCCAAUGGGUAUCACUAUUCCCUUGGAGUAUGUGCGGCCAAUGGGGCAAGCGGCAGAGCUUCUGAAAGCUACAAAGAGACAGAGAGAGAUGACUGGUGUUAGCAUGAUAGUAUGCGGCAUUUCAUCUAGCAUGAGUAUUGUCUUUGACCUAAAAUGUUGAGACCUACAAGAGGAAUUUUUCGCCCGUUUACCAUCAAAUAGAGACUGUAUGGCUUUAAAAUGGUGUAUAAUUCCUCUUGUUUUGGAAGAAGCGGACUUCCCUGUCACUGUUUAUGAAAGAUGGAAGGCUUUACAAAUUAAUAUGGAGUAUUUGAUACAUUAAAACAGUGUUGAAGGGAAUGAAGAGUUUAGCCACAAGUGACACGUCCCCACCUCUUUUAAUGUCAUCAGGGCUGUUUCCGCUAGGGCCAAUUGCAGGGAGAUGGUCACAUGAGCUGUGCCUGUUAUUAAGACCUCAGACCUUGGAGGAGCAUGCCCAAAAACACAAGCUAUGAUGAAAACACAGGCCUGCAAACUCUGAUUCACAUGUCUGAAAUGUGAUCUGCUCUACACAUUUAGUUGUUGAGAAUUGAGAGGCUGUUUGGAUUCUUUGCACAUGAUGACUGAAAAGUUAUUUCUAGGAAUUUAAGGUUGUGCUGCUGUUAAAUUCAAGGGGCCGUUCACAGCGAACAUGUUUUUCGUCAGUCUGCGCUGUUUUUCAAUUGUUUUUCUAUGUAAACAUGCACUAGAUGGAUGUCUUUGACCAUUGCACCGUGUUUCCCUGUUUUUUCAGCAUUUUGUGCUGGAGCGCCAUGUCUUUUUAGAUGCUUUUUAGCUGAACGUCAACUUUUAAAAAUGUAUCUCAAGACACUUGCGUUCUGUUUAAUUUGUUGGGCUGUUUCUAGGUUUUUUUUAAUACACAAAAACAUGUUCGAUGUAAACUACCUCUUUGUCUUUCUCUGGUGUGAGUGGAAUAGACAGUCUGCUCCAACCAACGGGAAAAAGGCCAAAUUAUGCUCACUUUUCUAUCAGACUGCCAUAGAUCGAAUAUCUUUUCACAGUGUUCCAUUUUGUACCUGGUAAAUGAUCCGAGUGUUGCUGGACAUUAUGUAAGGUCUAAUCCUUUUCUUACUCUCGAGAGGUAAGAUACCAAGUGCCUAAACUUUGUGAUUUCUUGCCACAUUGUUGCAAUGCAUUAUGAAGCAUUAUAACCUAUGACAGGCAAUGAACAGAUGCUGUACGCUGUAGGUAAAUGUUACUGAUAUAUGUUUUUUUUAAUGUACUUUAGCAUGUAUUUGAUGAAAGACAUUUUGGCAUUGCACAAAAUAAGAGACUGUAGCGUUAUAAAAAUAUUAGAUGUAUAUCGAUCAUGAUUAGGUUUAGGUGGAGGUUGACGAUGGUAGUCUUUUCAAAGUAUUUGAUUAUUAAAAUAAUGCAAGGGAAAAUAGAUAGAUCAUCAUAUAGUUAAAAUGCAAAAUUGAUUUAUACAGGACUGAAUAUGUUUAAAGAAUGUUUGAGGGUUGUACUUCUUGGCUGCUGUUGGUGUCAGUGUUGUGUCCAGACAGCUUAUUGUGAGCUCAUGCCUUUCUCUUUUAGCAUUUGAAGGCGUAAGAAGAUGAGAAGGAUAGACUUCUUUUUAGGAUAAUUCAUAGAGGUGCACUGUACUCUAUACAUUAUUUUCCACAAAAACAUAGAGCGACCUCUUUUAAAUAAAGAGUAUGUUGUAUCCUCUUAAUUAGUGAUAGUAAUGCUUUUUGGCGAUAGUUAUUAAAAUUGAACGAGGAUUUCGUUCUGUAGAUCUGUGGAUUUUACCUACGUUUUCAUAGUUACAUGUCUUUCAGAGUCAAGGCGUUUUAUUAGAUAGGGUGGUUUCUGUACAGUUUAGGGUGAGUCUGCAAUUCACCCUUCCCUAAGCCCCACCUCAAAAACAUUACUUACAAAUCCAACCUUAGCAGCUGUUGUCAUUUGCUAUAAUAUCAGACAGGCUGUUGCUCUAUUCUAAAGCACGUUUAGGGAUGUCUUGUGAAUUUGGAUGGUUUAAAACUGAAUUUUACUGAAAUUAUCCAACAAAUAUGAUAAAAUAUUGUACUUGGGUUACUUGUAAUAGUGACACAAGAAACCUAAAGAGGAUAAAUCUAUAUUUUUUCUUAAAAUAGAGGUGCAUGCUAUGGACUGGCUGUCAACUGUGCUUGCCAUCAUUCACAAAAGAACACAUGUUAUAUCAGUAAGGACACCUACAUGUGCUCUGAGGUUAAUUCAUGUCACAUAUUUGAUAUUUAAAUUAAUUUAAAGUAAAUUUUUGUAUUAAUUCAGGUCACAGUUGAGGUGAUGGUUUCUAAAGAGUAAAAGUAACAGUGAGAUGUUAGGAACAGUUCGGUUCACUUACAAUAAUGUUAUGUAUUGUAAUCGAGAUUUGACUGUGGUAAGUGUUUGCAUCGAUUCUAAUUUGGAGUCUUGGGUGAUUUUAAACACUUUACUACAUAAUUGAAUAAUUCCUAAAAACAGCAGAUAAAAGUGUUUUGCAAUGUCAAACUUCAUCCCAGGCCAUGUAAGGAUAUAAUUUUUUACCAUUUUAAGAACACAUCAUAACGGAACAUCUUGUUGUUUAUAGAAAUGCCCAAUGCAUUCCUGGGUGAUUCUGUAAAGCUUGUCUAAGCGGACAACAGUAACCAAAUUGGGCGGGGCUUAGUGAAGGUUCAGUUUCUGUACUGGAAAUGCAGGGAAAUACUGACUGUUGACAUACAGUAGGGCUAUGCAACAAAAUGACACUUUAGGACUGCUCCUCAUCCUGUAGCUUUACCUGCACUCUGCAGACUCCAGCUUUAGCACCAUUGGGACCAAUUCUUUGCUUCGCAGAGAUCUUGAUAUACAGGAUGUGCUGGUCGCGAAAAAACUAAAACAUACAGCAGGGUCAAAUAACCCAACAGAUGUUUUGCUGAUUAAGCUACUGAUCUGCCCACAAAAAGUAUAAAAAAUAUGUAGUGGUAUUCCUUAUGGUUGUAUUAGGAGGUGAACUGGUGUUGUUACUUGAAGUGUACGCAACCUGUCACAAAAAAGAGGUUUAUUGUAAAGGCAUUUCAUUAUUUUUUUAUUUAUUUAAUUGAUGUCACAGUGAACUGCCUUUGGCCAACUUUUCCUUAUUUUGGGGUGGAUGGAGUGUUGUGAACCCAAUAGAUCUUUGACUGCCACUUAAUGAAGACAUCACCUUUCCUCUUGAAAAAGUAAAAAAAAAAAAAACAUGCCACGUGCCAAAAUUAUUACAGCACUAGUUUGUCUCCUCGUGCUGUUCUUUGUCCAACUGCUUGGAUGAUGUCAUGUUUGCAUGUUAUGAUGACAUACAGUAUGUGCAUGUAGGAAAUUGUGUACCUUCAUCCAAGUUUUUCUAUGAGGAGUUCAUUGGCUGUUGAGUUUUUUUUAGAAACAAUCUUUGAUACACUUACCCCCAGAUUUCUGGGAGAAAAUUAAAGACCCUACUCUUCUGAAUAUGUUGUUUAAGAAAUGUUAAACACAAUGGAGCGAUGCAACGAGGCCACAGACGAGUGCAACUGCCACACUUCUGUGAUUUGAUGACCGGUCUAUGAUGCCAUAUUUCUGCUCAUUGACUCUCAGUCUUAUCAUCAAUUCUACCAUUUACAUUUUGUAUGAAGAAAAA